GAGAGAGAUGGGUUAUUACAUGGGUUUGAUUGGGUGUGUGGUUAUAGUCUCCUUGCUUAAAUUCACUGCUGCCGGGACAACUCAUGUUGUAGGUGGCGAUUUGGGAUGGACCAUCCCAGCAUCGGGAGCUCAGUUCUACGUUAACUGGGCUGCACCCAAAACGUUCAUGCAUGGCGACACUCUAUCCUUCAAUUUCAAUGCUCAGAUGCAUGACAUCGCCCAAGUAACAAAGGUCGACUACGAUGCCUGUACUUACGCUAAUCCCAUCGGUGCCAUCAUAAGAACGAGCCCAGCUAAUGUUCCUCUCAACUCCACCGGUGAGCACUACUACGUCUGCACAUUCCAGGGGCACUGUGCAGCAGGCCAGAAGCUGGCCAUUAAUGUUGUCUCCUCCGGUACUGUCGCCCCAUCACCAACACCAACAGUUACCACUGGGCCAUCAGCCCCACCUACAGGAUCCACUGAACUUCCAUGCCCGCCCGACAUUCCAACGACCCCAUCUCUCCCACCGAUGAAAUUCACAGGCCCUUCAGCCCCACCGACAAUGGAGCCCGCCUCUGCAUCUUCUCUUGCAGUCAGUUUCGGAGUUAUGGGGUUGAUCAUGAUUUUGUCUGUGAUCUUCGUUUAGACACAGUAUCUACCAGAAUGUAGGCUGAGAGCUCACGGAUUUCCAUAUGUUUUUUUAUUUAUUUU